UCCACUGACUACUCGCAGCGCUCCACAGGUAGUGUUGUGUGGAAAACGCCUGUAUUUUGAGCUUCUGGUUUUUGUUUCCUAUGGUUGCUGUGUCUGGGAAAAAAACUAGCGGAUCUUCUUUUUUCUACUGUGUGAACUCGGCAAGUCGAUUUUUGUGUGUCGUGUGUGUGAUGGAUAUGCGGAUUUUUACCGAAGCGAAAUAUUUGUUUUGCCCGGAAUAUCAACGGGAUUGUGCCGCUCGAUGGAAUUCCCGAUUAUACCGUACUUUAGGCUUAACUGCUGUCGGCGCGAUGAUUAUGACGUCCCUCUAAUGAAUAAUAAAGCGUUCCAAGAGACCCUUUGCAUCGUGGGUGCGGAAGCGUGUGCCGGUAUAGAACACCUGAUCCGAGCCAGUGGUUUGUCCAUCCUGCUGAAGAAAAGAUUCCACCUACGCCCCGAGCAGGCCGAGCGAUUCUUCCGCAAGACUUCUGAAGACCUGGAUGAUGAUUUAAAAGCCUUCAUCAUCGACUGGAUGACCGCCGGCCCCGUCGAGGUAUCGAUCAUCGCCGGCAUCGACGCCGUGUCCAGAUGGCUGGACCUCAUUGGUCAAGCUGAUUGCAUUAGCGUCUACGGGAGCCCCAACGUCCAGACCGCCAGAGUGGACAUUCGAUUUUUUUACCCAGACGCUAAACUCGUGGGCGAUCUCCACAAUCAGAUGGGCGAUGCCAGGCAGUACCUUGCUGAGACGGUCAGCCCUCUCCUGAUAAAGGGGCUCGUUAAGUUGUGCAAGGAAAAGCCGCAAAUCCCGGUCCUUUGGCUCGCGCAAUGGCUUCUCGAUAAUAGACCACACGAGCGUUAAAUCUGUUGCGGAGAAACCUGAUUUUUUUUUUCUUUGUCAUUUUCUUCUCGACCCGCCUUCAGGAGAUUGGUCUCUUUU